AUUUGGUAAUAAGUACAGCAGGUUUUCAUUUACUUGCAUCAAACGUGAUUUAAUAGAGCAUCUUAUUUUUUGUUUCAAAAAAGCAAUUUCAAAUUUUCUAAUCUUAAAUUUCUCGUGUUGACUCUCGGUGAAUUCAGUGGAUUGAAUUGAUGAAAAAUGUAUUUAUUGAGUAUUCUUUUGGUAAUAUUUUGUACAUUUGCAACAAUUCAGAGCGGUACUUUUUCAAUUGAAGAUGAAUUGGACUGGUGGCAAAAAGCUGUAAUUUAUCAAAUUUAUCCUAGAUCAUUUAAAGAUAGUAAUUCCAAUGGUAUUGGUGAUCUGAAAGGGAUAGAAGAAAAAGCAGAAUACCUCAAAGAUUUAGGUGUUGAUGCAAUAUGGUUAUCUGCAAUCUUUAAAUCACCCAUGACGGAUAUGGGGUAUGACGUUUCUGAUUACAAAGCAAUAGAUCCUCUAUUCGGAACAAUGGCUGAUUUUGAAUCAUUACGGGAUAAACUACAUUCGUUAGGAAUAAAAUUGACAUUGGAUUUCGUACCAAAUCACAGCAGUGACGAACACGAAUGGUUCAUCAAAUCAGUGCAGAGAAUUGACCCUUACACAGAUUAUUAUGUUUGGAAAGAUCCAAAAGCUUGGCUCAAUGAAACUACACCAGUUCCUCCGAAUAACUGGAUCAGCUCAUUUGAACAAUCUAUGUGGACGUAUCAUCCUACAAGAAAACAAUUCUAUCUGCAUCAGUUUGCUGAUAAGCAACCAGAUUUAAAUUAUCGCUCAAAAGAAUUAGUUGAAGAAAUGUUGAAUUUAAUCCGUUUUUGGUUAGAUAAAGGGGUAGAUGGACUUAGUAUGAGUGCUAUAGUUUUCCUGUUGGAAAAUGAAAGUUUUUUGGACGAACCAGUGAUUUCAAAUCAAACAAUCAAUGGGAAGCCUACUCACAAUGCAUUUGAUCACAUAUAUACACAAUGUCAACCUGAAACGUAUGAAAUGUUACGACGAUUUCGAGAAGUGGCAGAUUCUUAUAAGCAAAAAGAUGGACAAACCAGGCUUCUCAUGCUAGGAAUUGGUACUACACCAACAAUAGAGAAUACAAUGAAAUUUUAUGGAAACAAAUCUCAUCCAAUCGCUCAUAUUCCCCUUAACUAUCAUCUUUUGGACAGUCUGAAUGACAUCUCCAGUGCCCAUGAUUACCAAAAUCACCUCAAUAAAUGGAUAGAAAAUAUGCCUGCUGGACAAUGGCCUAACUGGGUGUUGGGAAAUCACGACCAUUUCAGGAUUUCCAAAAGAUUUGACUCGAGUAGUGUGGACAUGAUGAACAUGCUUUUAUUAUUAUUACCUGGAACGCCUUUUGCUUACAAUGGAGAAGAAAUUGGAAUGGAGGAUGCCAAGAUUAGAUGGGAGCAAACAACUGAUGUAUACGCAUUAGAUGUUGGGCCAUUGCUGUAUGAAAGUUUUAGCAGGGAUCCAGAAAGAACACCUUUUCAAUGGAAUUCUUCACACCAUGCGGGUUUUUCCGGAAUUGAUGGGAAAACUUGGUUACCAGUGAACCCAAAUUAUUACAGAAUUAAUGUUCAGGCCCAAAAGUACAAUCUAAAGAGUCAUUACAACAUUUAUAAAAAGUUGAUCGAAUUACGAUCGAAGGAAGCUUUUUAUCGAGGUGAUUUCAAAAUGUACACAAUUUCAGACAGAGUGUUCGCAUUUAAACGAAAUCUGUCUAAUGAGGUUUAUGUGAUCAUAAUGAAUCUUAAUAAUGAAGAGGAGUCAGUAGACAUCAAGAAUGCCAUAGCAAAUGAAACCAAUGGCAACUUCGAGAUUAUCUUAGUUAGCGAAAAUUCUGAAUAUGAAGUGGGUGAUGAACUGAAUGCAUCAAGUGGGGUCUUUAGAAUGAGGCCAAAAUCUUCCAUCAUUUUAAAGUCAACUUGAAGCUCAGAAAUCCAUCUGAAACAUUCUUUCUGAUAUCAAUAUCCAGAUGAUGGUGAUUGUUACUUUAUAUACUUAUUAUGUGAAAGUAAUGACUUAUCUUUAAUUUAUAGCACCUAUAAACCUAACUGAAAAUAUAUCCUUG